AUGAAUAACAAUAAAAUCAAAAAUCCAGACAUAGAUAUCAAAGUGAAGCGUGAAGCAGCCAUAUUACAAUUCGCGGCCGGCGUGUGCACCGCAAACUUUUUGUUUUUUUCCAGUCACGUCACAAGAACAGCGAGCUGGCUACCUCCAGUCGAGAACUGGCCAGUGAAGGAAGGUGACAGCCCACAGGAGGACGAUUUGCCAUAUGGCUGGGAGCAGGCACUGGAUAGCCGGGGGAAGAGUUACUACAUUAAUCAUGUAAACAAGACCACAACAUACGUGGCUCCAGAAGGCUUGUCAUGCGAGUCGCCGCCAGCUCCUCGUGACGUGGUACUGGAAAGAGAUCCCGAACUUGGGUUUGGGUUCGUCGCUGGCUCAGAAAAACCGGUUCUUGUUCGAUUCGUCACGGAUAACUCGCCGAGUGUUGGGAAGCUUGAACCUGGAGAUCAGAUCUUAGGCGUCAAUGGAGAAGACGUCAGUACCGCUGCGCGUGAGCACGUCAUUUCCGCAGUACGCGCAUGCACAGAACGCGUCACGUUACGAGUAUGCCAACCCGCCAGGAGUGGGAACUUGGCGAGGAGAUCCGCGUUCUUAUCAGCCGCUAAACGAGCCAAGCUAAGGGCUAGACCUCCGAGGGUCAGAUUUGCGGAUUCUGUUCAGCUAAAUGGAGCACCUAUGUAUCCUCCGUCUGCAUUUUCACUCGGCGAUCUCUGUCUACCGCCGAUGGCGAAUGUCCUCAAGGUCUUUCUAGAGAACGGUCAAACUAAAUCCUUCAAAUAUGACACGACCACGACCGUUGCGGACGUGGUCACCAGUUUGAAGGACAAGCUUUGUAUCAUCGCUGAAGAACAUUUCAGUCUAGUUGUCGAACAUGUCAAGAGUUUGAGGAGAAAUAAGCUGACCUUACUGGAUCCCAAGGAGUCUUUGGCCAGGAUCGCAGCACGACCUGGCUCACACAAGAUGCGCUGUUUAUUCCGUGUCGUAUUCAUGCCUUCUUCAGCGGCUGAACUCGCUCAACGUGAUUUAGCAGCGCUGGACUACUUGUACCUACAGUGCUGCAACGAUGUAGCUCAAGAUCGCUUCGCUCCAGAACUGCAGCCGGAUGUAGCGCUGCGGCUUGCUGCGUUGCACAUACAUCAGCAUGCGUUGGCUCACAACCUGUCACCGGCUAAGCUCACUGUGAAGGCUGUUGAGAGAGAAUUCGGCUUAGAAAGAUUCGUACCGAGCAGUUUGCUGGAAAGUAUGAAGCGCAAAGAGUUGCGGCGACUUGUGGCACAUUUCCUUAAACUGAACGCGCAGAUGACAGGUAGCCAGCGACAUCUCACACAAUUGCAGGCGAAGCUUCAUUACCUUGAUACCGUGGCUGGACUACCAAGCUACGGAGCAAAGUGCUUCAGCAGCAGUCGACCGGAGCGUGUUUUGUUGGUAUCUCCUCGGUUUGGACUUAGUCAGAUAGUGGGCAGAAGUAAUUCUGUGCCGCAGUCCAUCGCAUCUCUAGAGGAGGUGGAGGGCGUGCGGGUGAAGAGCGAGUGGUCGGGCAGCGCGGACGUGGCGGUGUUCCUGCGGCGCGACCGCGUGCUGGCGCUGCUCAUGGACGAGCGCGACGCCGCCGAGAUGCCGCUCGUCAUCGCCGGUUACUACCGCCUUGCGACAGGGCAGGAACUGAACAUUGAACUCGAGCGAGAACCGAUUACUGAAGAUAUUGCUCCACCGUACUUGUCACAGCACAACGUAGUACCAGCGAAAUGGAGCUACUUGCACUAUGACGAUCCCUUACUAAUUGCUAAGAAGCACUUCGCCAUAUUCAGUAUGCCGCCGCCUUAUCAUUCCACUCCAGAUCAGUCUAAGACUAGCCUGGAUACGAAUAUGAACACCAGUAUAGCGAACAGGAACCACAGUAAUAGUUCCAGUCCUGUAGUUGGGUAUGGACAGAAACAAGGUGUUGUUAGUCAAGAUGUUAACUUUGAAAAGUGUAAGAAAAACGAAAAUUUUCGACUUUUCGAUCCAAACGAUGCUUGCUAUCUGGACGAUGGUAUGGGCUUUGAUCUACAAAGCGUCCUAUCAAUGGAACUGCUCGAAAAUGCAAGCAAUCCACGUAUCGUUGAAGCGAAGAACGAAGAGGUACUAAGAAGAGUUGCAGAAAUGCAAAAAUUAGUUGAGAAUUCUGAACAGUAUUUGACUGAAAAUUGUGAUGUUUAUAAUGAUAUUGAUUAUAAUGGUGUGCUUAGAGAUGAACUAGUCGGUAAAGAAUCGUGUGUAGAUAAUUUAGAAAGUGAUACUGAAUCUAUUAAUAGUAGAAUGUCAGCUGCAGAUGAUGCACCGGGUAUUCUAAAGCAUAGUGAUUCUCUGUUACUCUUAACUGAAACAAUAAAUCAGGGACUAAAUGGUUUAUCUGUAGCUGAAACCGAAAAAGAGUAUAGCGGAAAUGAUUUGACGAAGCGAGAAUCUCAAGGACUCAGUGCAAUCCUUAAUAACUGUGGCCUCACCGACGCUUUACUAGCUCUUAAUAAUGACGUUGCAUAUUCCGAGAGUGAUAAUGAUUCUUCAUAUACACCUACAAGUAGUCCCAUAAGAAAACAUCAAACUAAAGCUACUAAUAAAAUAGUAAGAACCAGCUUUGGUCUGCAUAGUCCUGAUGCUACUUUAGAUACUAAAGAAUCAAAUUUAAAAGAAUAUUUAAAGCAGCUAAGAGAAAAGAGUAAUAGAGAAGAAACCGCUGCUGAGUUCCCGUUUUAUUAUCAGGGAAAUAUAGUAGAAAACGACCCAGAGCUUAUAGAUUUAACAUUGAUACCUCCACCACAAACUCCCGAUGAGUUAGACUGUGCUACACAAGUGCCUCAAAUUUUACCAGUUGUACCACCUUCUUUUGCCGAUGAUAAGGAUACAGAAGAAGAGAACGUGCCCAAAAGCUGUGAACUAGAAGAAUUCAUAGCAAAUGUGACUAUUCAACCACCUACCGUCAAAAUAACACCAGCGAUAGAACUGACUCCAGAAGAAAUCAUGUCAUAUAUUAUUCCUCCACCACCAGGAUCGAAUUCAUCGACUUUAGAUAGAGAUCAAGUUAGUUAUGUUAACCAAAGUGUAUGUGAAACGAAAAACGAACACAAUACAACCCCUAUCGACGUAAAACCGUCAAAUGGCGACGUCACAAGAGGAAUACUCAGUGUUAGUGAAAUCAGGAGCAUGUUUGCGGCAAAAGGUUUAAGCGACGCCAGAAAUAGUUUGUUAUUAAAAGACAAAAAUAAAUGUCAGACUAAAUCCGAUUCGCCGAAGAGUAAAAGAAAAAGCUUUUCAGGCGAAAAACAAGCAAAUGGAAACGCACACGUUAUAGAGUACCCAACUGUCGAGCGGAAAGGUAUGUUCUCGUGUUGUAGUAAGGAUAAAAAUAAAAGCGACGAUAGCAAUGACGAAACCGAAAAAAUCGAAGGUCACAUACAAAACUCCGAUUCCAUGCCCGACGUCUGUGAAAUUCGACCGCCUCCCCGAAGAAAAAGCACUGAAAUCAAGAAACCACCCGAACGUCCUCCUAAAACGCCCCCCGUCCCGGCACCUCGACCCAGGUCGAAUUCCUUCACGUGCCCUAAUAAUGAAUUAAGUGCUGUCGAAAUCACGAACAACCAUUUUAGUACUUUGAAUAAUAGAAAAUUAAAUUACAAGGUUGUGUGUGAAAUAAAUGAGGGUAUCCACAAACCUCCUCAGCUACCACCAAGAACGGAAAGCAAAGUUCUUCCUCCUCCACCACCUAUAUUGUUACCACCUAAGAAACCUCCACUGCCCCCGGUUCCAAGUAUCGAAGUCUUGCGUAUGAAAAAUGCUCAAAAACUGUCGCCUAUGCGUGCCACCGAGCGGCUGGCCAGUAUCGGAUCACCGCACUUCCAAAGAAACCUUAACACUUACCGUAACCUCGAAAACGAAAGCAGAUUAACAGACGACGAAUCACAGAGCACGAAAUCAGCACAAAACUACAGUUCAAUGACGUUGCAAAAUCGACACGUGCGCUCUCACUCCGAAACUAAAAACACGAUAUUGAAGAAUAAAGAUAUGUCCACAGCCUUAUCGCUAUGCUCACCACAGAUGAAUCGACGCUUCAGUAACAGGCCUGAUUUAUUAAACGGUGCGCCAGUUCAUGACAAAAUGUUCAGUCCUCCUUUAUGCGAAAGAAAGGCAAUGAGGAGGGACAGUGCGAGUCCCACAGGGAAAGUCCAGAACCAUGUCAGAUUCAAAGAGGAUGUAAUUGACGAUAUUCCCACUCCUCCUUCACCCCCUACGGUGAAGUUUCCGGAGUUCCAAGCGAAUAAUGGGCAUGUGUCAAUCGAGAACCUGCUAUGCAAGACAGAGGUAGCUGUUGACGGCUUGCUCCAGAGGCUGCACCAGGUCGCUCAGAAGUGUUCGCAUCAACACGCGCACGGUGGAGGGGAGGAUAUCGAUGAAGUUAAGUUCCAGCGCGCCCGCACCGAGCUGACGUCGUGCGCCGUGUCGCUGGUGGGCGCGUCCCGCACGCUGGUGGGCGCGCUGGGCGCCGCCCGCGCCGGCCCGCCCGCCCUCGCCGCCCCGCCCGCCCUCGCCGACUGCCUCGCGCCGCUGCGUCGCCUGGCCGACCUGGCACAGGCACUUGGAAGACAUACAUCAUCUCCUCUUCAAACCAGAAAUUUGGUCCUUCGAGUGCAUGAUGUCACAGCAGCCUUCAAAGACUUAGCUGGCGCUGAAAUGGCGCAAAUUAUCCACGACCACAACACAAAAGUUAACCAAAACCAAGGUCAGGACACGAGUUCAACUCUGGAAGGUCAACUAGCGUUAAGAGCUGAAUGCCUUGCUAAUGUACUGGCGACACUACUCAGGAGUCUUCGAGUAUUCUCUCCAUAAGAUACAUUAAAUGUUUAUAUCGUCUGAAUAUAUUUAUGACGAUAAAAAUCGACGCA